UGGCAGUUGUUUGGUGUACCAAGCGAAGCUCACACACAAUCCUCUGCACAGAUGGAAACGGUGGACAAGAUUAUACUGCAGCAAAAGAGCCCCGACAUCAAAGGUGCUGGCCGUCGCACGACGGAGCCAUCGAACCAUGACGAUGGAAUUCUUAAGGACUACCUACGCCACAGCUCGUUCCCGAUCGUCCGGUACAUGUUGGGAUCGGAUUUGCGCGUUACGCUGAAAGUGUUCUGGCUCGUGGUGGUGGUGUGUUUGGUGGGACUGUUCGGGUUUACGGUGGUGGUAAACUACGAGCAACUUCAGGAUCCUUCCAACGUGUAUCUGGUCGAGGCAGAGAAGGCACUACCCAUGUGGAGUGUCCCAUUUCCUGCGGUUACUCUCUGCCCACGGAAGGGACGAUGCGUCAGUGAGUCGCUGCAGUUGGAACAGUUCUGUGAGACGGUUUGUUGGCAGGAUGUGUGCUGGAACGAGUGUGACAAGCUGUUGGAUGCAGUGCGCACCGAGCGAGGCAUCUGCUACACGUUCAACGCAGUGGCAGGAGAGCGGAUCUUCAAGGCGAACAACUUGGUCAACGUGAAGGAGCUCUCGAACGCAUCCAGACCGACCGAAAACUGGGACUUUCUUCGAGGGCUACAGAUCAUCACCAGCGUGCUGGUGAAACAGUAUCCCCGAGCAGCACAGGACAUGUCCGGUCGCUAUCGUCUGAAGAUCACGCUCUCCAACGAGCAGAAUGAAACUCUUUCCGAUUGUGCCUCACCGUCGCUAGAAGCGUUCGUUCACUCACCGAUCGAUUUCCCGUACAAACCCGUGCACCCUACAGCGAUCCCGUUCAGCUCCGUAGUACAGCUGCGUGUCUUUCCCAAGCUCGUACGAUCACAACGCUACCUAAGAUACUUUACCGCACCAACUACGGGCUGUAUAUCGCAGGUACAAAAUCCACUCAAAAUGUUCUCCAUCUACACGCAGAGUAACUGUGAGAUGGAGUGCCACACGCAGUACUUCCUGGACAAGCGAGGCUGCGUGCUGGAUCACAUGCCUCGCAGUCAUACGAUGAAUCUGUGCAACAGUACCACCAACUAUCGACCGUACGAUGUGCUGGAUAAGAUCGUUGGAGGACAGCUGCGAGAGCAAAACAUUCCCCGGUCACAGUUCUUCCAGCGGCUGUGUAACUGUUUGCCUGCUUGUGUUGAUUUUCGAUACCGAGCGGAGUCUAGCACGUACACGGUUGCUGUGGAACCGUGGACGAUGGAGUUGAACAGUACGGAGGGGUUAAGUUCCGAGCUGGUGGUAGAUUUUGCGGAGGAUCAUUUCUAUCCACUGGUGCGCAGCGUUCGGUAUAGUGUGCUAGACUUUGUGGGCGAUUUCGGUGGAUUGAUAGCGUUGUUUUUGGGCAUCUCGAUUGUAUCGCUUGUGGAGGUGUUUUUCUUCUGUUUCCUCAAACCAGCAGUUGUGAGAUAAAAAUGAUGGGUCACAAAGAAUUCCCCUCUUCUUAAACAUGAGUUGUGCACAACCGGCCAAUCGUGCCACGACGU